AUGUCCGAUCGUGAGGCCGUCCAGGUCUUGAAAGCCAGUCGUAAAGGCUUCAAGGCAGCUCUUUCACGGGCUAGGAAUGUGGCCGAAUCUGCGUUUGAGGAUUACGUAGAAGGUGAACGUCCAACGUUGUUGGAAAGAUUUGUUAAUCAUUGGGACGAUCGAUUACAAAAAUACUUACAAGCCCAAGAUCAGGUCGUAUGCCAUCUAUCAUCUGAUUCCAAAGAUGCAGAUCCAGCUGUAGAGGAACACCUCGAGGCUCUUUUCAAAGCCCAAUCCAAAUUGAUCGGUUUUCAACGUGAUGUCGAAGCUUCACUGCUCCGAGCAGCGGGUGAGCAUCGACCUCAUCCCUCUCGUGAGUCUGGGCAGACCUUAUCUCUUCCUCGAUUAGAUGCGAAGAAACCUCCGUUACUACAGGAAGACACAGAUCAUAAAGUGUUCACACGGUGGCGUCCUUUAUGGGAUAAUUACUCGCUCCUUAUUUAUCUAGAUCAAAGGGACCAACUUACCCAGGUUGGACUCUUCUGGGAAUGUUGUUCUUCGGGAUUUUUAAGUAUCAUCCAACAUUCACUUGGGAUCAAAACCAAUACCGGUCGUACGGUGGUCGAGAUUUUGGACCUAAUUGAGGAGCACCUUCGCAGUCUCCGAAAUAUUCACCUCGAUAUGCGAGACCUUUUGGCUGUGAGACAGAAGGAGGGUCAGGAUUAUUUAUCUUUCUGUAACUCCCUUCGAGAGUUGGCAGAUUAUGCUGACGCAGCCAAGAUCACAGAGGAUCGUCUUCUCAUUGCACUCUUGUUACAGGGGAUGAAGAAUGACUCCGAUAAAGCCAAGGUUAUGGAACGCAAUCCCUCAACAUUCAAUGAAGCCCGCAAGUGUAUACUUGAACUUGAGACUGCUAGACGGGGUGCACGCGAUUUCAGUCACCAGUCUUCAUCUUUAACCGUGGGAGUUCUUGAUCAAGUUGUCCAUGUGACCAAGUCUAAAUACAAGAAGAAUGGGGGCAAAUCGGGUAAGAUGAUUUUUAACAAGACUUUACCAUCCGAGCAGUGCCCGCUGUGUGGUCUUUCCAAGACCCAUUCUCGUGAGGAUUGUCCGGCAUUGAAAUCGUCUUGCCAUGCGUGUGGUCGUACUGGGCAUUGGCAACCCGUCUGCCGUCAAAAGAGUCCUUCAAGGAGAGAGGAGAAACGUGCGGGUGGGGUACACCUCCGAGUGGCUUCGUCUUCCACUCGUGAGCGCGAGAACCGCAUCAACGUUAUGGUCUCACCCCACAAAUCGUCCAAGUCGGUCAGCCUUCAAUUCUGCGCUGAUACGGGAGCUGACGUCAUUAUCAUUGGUAUGAAUCAAUUUCGGGAUUCCGAUAUUUGUCAACUAACCACUCUAGAUCAACGUUCGUCAAACUCCGUCAUUUCUGGUGUUGAUGGUCGAUCUCUUAGCUUGGUCGGUUCGUUCCGAGCUAAUUUGUCUCUAGAUGAGGAUCAUAAGGCCCAUGACGUAACAAUAGUCGUCAGCUAUGAUGUUGACGACUCGUAUCUGAGUUUAGAUGCUUGUCGAGCCCUGGGUAUUGUUGGACCCAAUUUUCCACAACCAAUGAUUUCUGUAAUUGAAAGAGAGGUCGUAAGAAUCCCUGAUCCGACUGUUUGGUCGUUGAAAGAGCGAGAAGAAUGGAUUACUUCCUUACCUUCUUUGCCUUCUAGGGAAGACUUCAUGAACGUUGAAUCCAAACUUAAGUCCAUUUACAGUACGGCAUUUGACGAUUCAAGUUUGAAACCCAUGCGCGGUCCAAUCGUGGGUGAUCCUAUGGUGAUCACCUUAAAGGAAGGAGCAAGAUCGUUUGCCAUUAAUACCGCGCAUCAGAUCCCUAUACCUCAAUUGGACCCCGUCAAAUCCAGUUUGGAUAAGAUGGUUGAUAGUCGGAUAAUAGAACCCGUGGGUGAUAUUCCCACACCUUGGUGCCAUCCCUUGGUUGUCGUACCGAAACCGGAUGGAUCUCUCCGUCUGUGUGUCGACUUAACGAGGUUGAACACUGAAGUCGUUCGUUCUAUUCAUCCCAUCAAGACUCCGGCCGAGGCCAUUUGUGGGUUCAAACCCCGUGAUAAGUAUUUCAUCAAGUUGGAUCUGGUCAAAGGCUACUGGCAAAUGCCGCUGGCCAAAGAGUCGCAAGAAUUGACCACUUUCAUUACUCCUUUUGGGAAAUACCGUUUUCUCCGUUCACCCAUGGGAUUUAUUUCAACCGGGGAUUCCUUCUCUUAUAGAGGCGAUGUCGCAAUGUCUGGCCUUGGCAUUCAAAAGGUUAUUGACGAUAUGGCUGUGGGAAAGGAAUUGUAUCCUGAUCUGGUUCGCGUUACCUGUGACAUUCUGGAACGUUGUGUCCGUUUCGGCAUGACUGUCAAUGCCAAGAAGAGCGUUAUUGGCGGGGCCGAAGAGAUCGAUUUUGUCGGAUAUCGUAUAUCUCGCGAUAGUAUUAAGGCCGAUCCCGAGAAAGUUGCAGCCAUCUCGAGAUUCCCCUGCCCAGAGGAUCGCCAAGACCUGAGAUCGUUCAUGGGUCUUGUUAACCAGUUGGGUCAAUUUUCGAGCGAGAUCGCUCACAAUGCUGAGCCCCUCAGAGAUUUGCUAAAAAUAAAGAAUGUGUUUUCAUGGUGUCCCGAACACAUGAACGCGUUUGAGAAGGUAAAAUCGGCUCUUACCUCUCCUCCUAUUUUGGGAAUGUUCCAACUUGGGGCCGAAACCAUCCUUCAGACAGACGCAUCGAAAUUGAAAGGUCUGGGUUUUGCGCUUAUGCAGCUCCAUGAGGAGUGGAAGUGCGGCAAGCAACAUUAUAUUCCCGACGCCUUAUCUCGUUAUCCCAUUUCGGACCCGGGAAGUUGGGGAGGUGGUAUGUUGUGA